AUGUUUAAGCAUAAAAGUGUUGUGUUAUUAACAAUAACUCUAAUGAUUGUUUUUGCGACGUCUGAACUAAAUGUAGUGCCAAUAGUCGGGAACUCGUUAAACAUUCUAAAAUUCCACGGCAUAUUGAGUCUUACCAUGCGUGUUUUUUCGAGUGACUCCGAGUGGAUUUUCAGACAGCCCUCUACCAAGGUCUUCAAACAAGUUACAACUGCAGCUCGUUUUACCAAAAACUCACCAGUGUUCUCUGGAGAUUUUCACAUAGAGAUGUGUGAGAACUACGAGCAAUUGUUUCAAGCUUACUUCCGAAACUUCACCAUAGAAGGGGUUGGCAAACCCUGGCGUUCUUUCAUGGCCAGCUGGGAAAAGAAUCGAAUCGCUAAAUAUUUUGGAAUCAGAGAAUCGCUUCUUUCUGAAGAAUACAAGUACAUCUUUGUCAGAAUAGCCAGGGUUAGGGAUAAUUUGAAAAUGACCACUCCUCCGGAAAGUUUGGAGAUUGAAGAAUCAAUUUUGGAUGAGGCUGAUAAUGUUGAUAUUGAAGAUAGUGUAAGCACUGUCAACUUUAUCUAUAAGUACAGUGGUACACAUUAUAUUGAGUCUUAUACUUCUGGAGAUUCACUGUUUCAAGUUUUCGUUUACAGACCAAAACCCUUUAAAUUCAUAAAACGCGCCUUCACAACCCGCGGAAUCGAUAUCCUCUUCGAAAAAGCAGUAACCAACUACUUCUCAACAGAUUUCGCGGAAUAUGUCGGCGAACUGAAGACAGGAAGCGGGAACGAGACUGUUGAAGAAUGGGCUUCGAUAAAUUUGUUCUUCGCUCACCAGGACCCGGAAAGUCAAAAUAUCCUGAGACUCUACGGUAAUGAAAGACUGCUGACGAGGCUCGGUAAUCUGCUCUGGAACGAAGCUCUAAUUCAGUUGAAUCUGAAGUAUGUUUCGCCUUUCUUUCCAGAUAAGGAAUUCAGCAAAUGGCUUCUAGAAUUCAUUUCCAAUAAUCUUAAGCUCUGGGAUGAUAAUUUAUAA